CAACUAUAGUUAAAUGAAAUAUGGAUCUGGCCCAAUUAAGAAUUUUAUUUAAAAGAAUCCACCGAACCAAGAGUUGUAAUAACUAAUGCAAUUGGAAUGAAUUCCUAUCUAAAUAACUUGACUGUAGGGCAAGAUGCAAAGCACAACUAUAGUUAAGUAAAAUAUGGAUCUUGGCCCGCUAGGGUAUUCUUCAAAUAGAAACCCCAAGUCAAUUGGUUCCAUACCUGAGGGUAAUUGACUUGUUAGAAAUAGUGGGAGAGUAUUUAAUAAAGACCUAUUAGAUACUUAAUUCAUGAUAAUAACUAUCUUCGCAAAAUUCUGUAUAUGGCAAACAACAACACAAACAACCUCGCCCUGCGUUCCAUUCUCGAUAAAGAUAAAUUGAAUGGAACAAACUUUGUUGACUGGCAACGGAAUCUCUCCAUUGUUCUCCGCAUGGAUGAGAAAGAGUAUGUGCUCGAAAAGCCCAUUCCUCCUGCCCCUCCCGCUAACGCCCCAAAAGCGGUUAAAGAUGCCUACGAGAAACACGUUAAGGAUGAUAACCUGGUGAGCUAUGUCAUGCUGGCAACCAUGAUAACCGAGCUGCAAAAACAGCACAAGGACAUGAAGGCCCACGAGAUGAUCGUGGCCUUGCGGCAGCUAUACCAGGGGCAAUCCAGGCAUGAACGUUUUCUUGUGAGUAAGGCUCUCUUUAGUUGCAAGCUCUCUUCAGGGAACCCGGUCGGUCCACACGUUCUCAAAAUGAUUGGUUACAUAACCAAUCUGGAGAAACUCGGGUUCUCCUUGCAGAAGGAGCUGGCAACGGACCUGAUCCUGCAGUCGCUCCCUGAGCGGUAUAAGGGUUUUGUCAUGAACUAUAUGAUGUAUGAUCUUGACAAACCCCUUCCGGAGCUUCUUAAAAUGCUCCAGACUGCAGAGGAGAACCUUACUAAGGGCAAGGGUGCUUCUGUCCUUAUGGUCCAAGGCGGAAAGGGGAAGCCGAAAAAAGGGAUUAAGAUUAAGGCUAGGACGGUCGAAAAGCCUAAAUCGAAGUCCACUUCAUAUUCAACCCAGAAACCCAUAGGAGGAGUUGCAAAGGGCAAAUGUCAUUACUGUGGUAAGGCAGGCCACUGGAGAAGAAACUGCAAGACAUACCUCGCAACCAAGAAGAAGGAAGGUACGACCAUUUCUUCUGAGGGACUGAAGCAGAGUAGACGGUUAGCUCGAGGCGAGAUUAAACUCCGAGUCGGCAAUGGUGCAUGUGUUGUAGCUUUGGAAAUCGGAACUUAUAGUUUAGUCUUGCCUAGUGGUCUAAUAAAGAAUGUUUUCUAUGCUAAUGCCAACAUGACCAAUGGGUUAUAUGUCCUUGACUUGGACAUGCCUGUCUAUAACAUAUCAGCCAAGAGGAACAAACCGAACGGUUUGAACCAAACAUUAUGGCAUUGUAGGUUAGGCCAUAUAAACGAGAAACGCAUAUCCAAGCUACAUCGGUCGGGAAUGCUGGAGUCAUUUGAUCUUGAAUCAUAUGACACAUGUGAAUCUUGUUUAUUGGGAAACGAUAUUCCUACUUUAACCACUGUCAAAACGUGGUUGAGUAAGAGUUUCUCUAUGAAGGACUUGGGAGAUGCCAGUUAUGCACUUGGCAUAAGGAUCUAUAGGGAUAGAUCACGGAAGUUGUUAGGCACGAGUCUUUCCAAGACUCAGGGUGCUUUCACUCCGGAGGAAGUAGAACGCAUGAGAAAUGUUCCUUAUGCGUCGGCCAUUGGAUCCAUCAUGUAUGCGAUGGUAUGUACGAGACCUAAUGUCUCCUUUGCUCUGAGUGUCACGAGUAGAUACCAGUCCAACCCUGGCGAAAGCCAUUGGACGGCUAUGAAGAACAUCCUUAAGUACUUCCGUAGGACUAAGGAUGCCUUCCUGGUAUAUGGCAGAAAAGAAGAGCUCAGUAUUGUUGGAUAUACUGAUGCCCGCUUCCAAACUGAUAGAGACCACUUCAAGUCGCAGGCAGGGUAUGUGUUCUUUUUGAAUGGCGGAGCUGUUACGUGGAAGAGUUACAAGCAAGAUACUACCGCUGAUUCCACUACAGAAGGAGAGUACAUGGCUGCAGCAGAGGCAACCAAGGAAGGUGUGUGGCUCAAUAAUUUUAUUACUGAGCUUGGAGUGGUUCCUAGCAUCAAGAACCCUAUACCGUUGUUUUGCGACAACAAUGGGGCAAUUGCACAAGUGAAAGAACCUCGGUCUCACCAGAAGACCAAACACAUCGUUAGAAGUUAUCACAUCAUACGAGAAAUCGUUGCACGUGGGGACGUUGAGAUUUGCAAGAUAGAUACAGACGACAAUAUCGCAGAUCCGUUGAGAAAGGCUUUGGGAAAGCCUAAACAUGAGAGUCAUACGUGGUCCAUGGGCAUUCGAGAAAUGCUUGAUUGGCCUUAAGGCAAGUGGGAGAUUGUUGUAUUUAGGUGCCCUAGCGGCAAUCAAAUACCUAUGUAACUGUACACUUUAUCAUGAAUGAAAGGCCUUGAAGUAU